GGUGGUGACCGGUGGAGGAGCGGCGUAGGAGGCAUCUCAAGCUUCUGCCUUCGACAAUGGUGAAUUGAGCAUGCAGCUGCUUGCUGAGGAAGAAGAUAAAACUUCGGUUUUCUUGAAAUUCUCGCACUAUAUGAAUUAAUAGUAUCCAAUUCCAAUUAAUGGCGUUGAGCUACUACAACUCCAACUGGGACUCCUUUGCGCUGGCGGAAUUAGGUGUUGAUCUCUUCAACCCCGACGACUACUUGGUGGACCCCAUCGACGCCUUCUGCAAUUCUCUCCUCUCCGACGACUUACCUUUCGCCGAUGAUGGAAUUCCCUUCGACUUCGAUCAUCUCAACUCCAACUACUUCCAAUAUAACAAUGAGCCCUUUCCCCAUUUCCCCAAACGCUGCGAUUCCCACCCAUUCUACCAAGAUUACUCCAUCCCGGAAUUUGUGCUUCCUCCGCCGCCACCGCUGCCAGCGUUUCCGGCGCCGGGCUUCAUCAUGGGGAGCUGCGAGGGCGUGAGGAUGAAAGAGGAGAGCUCGUCAGCGCAGAGCGUCGCCGCGAGGCAGAGGCGGCGGAGGAUCACGGCGAAGACUCAGGAGCUCGGGAAGCUGCUUCCCGGCGGCCAGAAGAUGAACACGGCGGAGAUGCUGCAUUCCGCCUACAAAUACAUCAAAUUCUUGCAAGCCCAAGUUGGACUACUCGAAUUCCUCAAGAAGGUCAACGAAGAGGAAGCAUCAGUUGAAGGUGAACAAGUGUUCCAGAAUCUUCUAGAAUCUCCAUUGAUUCAAGAGAAGCUCUACUCCACCGAGCAUUGCCUGAUUCCUCAGAAGCUGGUGGAAAAUUAUCCAAUCAUUGAUUUUAGCAAGCAAGCAAGCGGUUAUGAUUAACCGUUUCAUUUUUAAAUUUGUUUUAGUUUAGGCUAAUCUUGAUUAAUGUUUUUAUUGUUUUAAGGCAACCUCUUCUUGCCUGCCUUAUGUUUAGUUCAUUACAAAUUGGAGUUGGGAGUUGGGUU